AUGAAACCUAAGAUCCUCUCAUGGAACGUGCGGGGGCUUAAUGAUCGCAACAAGCGCCUUUGCAUUAAAUCUUUAUUGCGAUCGUGGAAGAUUGAUGUGGUAUGUAUUCAAGAAACAAAAUUGAGGACCGUUGAUAGAAGACUAAUUCGCAACUUGUGGGGAUGUUUGUAUGUAGGUUGGUCUUAUUUGCCUUCGGAAGGAGCGGCCGAGGGCGUUCUCUUAAUGUGGGAUAAAAGGGUUGUGGAGGUGACUGAGGAAUGCAUUGGGACUUAUUCUGUUGCUAAUCUUUUUAAAAAUGUAGUAGAUGGGCCUAAUUCGGAUAGUGAGAGGAGAAGACUUUGGGAGGAGUUGGCGGGCGUACAUUGUCUAUGGGACGUGCCGUGGUGUAUGGGUGGAGAUUUUAACAUCACUCGCUUUCCGAGUGCGAGAUCAGGCAACUCUCACAUUUCUACAGCUAUGGAGGAGUUUUCUGAGUUUAUGUUUGAUUUGGAUCUUAUGGAUCUUCCGCUUAUUGGGGGUAAGUUCACAUGGUCCAAUAGCAGGGGAUGGUCGAGACUUGACAGGUUUAUUAUUUCUCCUUCUUGGGAAGCUCACUUUCCGGAACUAAGGCAGAAGCGGUUGGCCCAGGUCUGUUCGGAUCAUUUCCCUAUCUUGUUAGAUUGCGGAGGAGUUCAUAGGGGCUGCCAGUAUUUCUAG